AUGACUGUCUAUUCUUUCUACAUCUUUGACCGCCAUGCGGAAUGCAUCUACAAACGCCGCUGGCUACCCCGUCCGGCUUCGAUCGCGGGAAAGUCAGGACAGAGCGCAACCCCGGCCAUAUCUGCCGGCGGUGGUCAGACUGUGCGAGCCACCGACGAUGAUUCAAAGUUGGUCUUCGGUACGGUCUUUUCACUGCGGAAUAUGGUCCGCAAGCUAGGCGGCGACGAUGACAACUUCGUCGCUUUCAACACCAGCCAGUAUAAGCUACACUACUACGAAACCCCAACCAAUAUCAAAUUUGUCAUGUUGACAGACACCAAAAGCCCGAGUAUGCGAAUCGCGCUGCAGCAGAUCUACAUCAACCUCUAUGUUGAAUACGUCGUGAAGAAUCCCCUGUCUCCCGUGGAACAUCCCGGCGGUGUUGGCGUCAACAACGAGCUCUUCGAGGAAUCUCUGGAGCAGUUUGUGGUGAGUGUGUUCGAAACUUUCGCGCCGCCGCAUUUUGUGUUAUAUUACAGCAAUCAUGGUUCUGAUCUUGGUCAACUAGACGCGCGUGCUUUCCUGACCGCCAUACUCACGACAACUGAAUGA